GCCCAGACAAGGGCUGGGGAUUAUCUAAUAACUAUGGAUAAGCCAGAAGCUGCCUGACUAGAGCUGGUACCUAGCCCGGGCCGGCUGCUAGACAGCGGCCUGGUUAUUAGGCGCCCGUUCUUUGGAGGGGCUAAUUACAUAACGUCCCCGCCCACACCACACACAAGGCGCUGGGUCAAAGGUUAUCAUGAAGUUUCAUCUUGGAGCUGUCAACAUUACCUAGGUUGAGGCAUCGUCCUGCAUCUCUCUCUCUUUCUUCCCCCUUUUGUAUUCAAGCCUGAGUUGGGCAAAAUGGCUGCACCCUCGGACCAGAGAAUAGCUGUCCCCAUCGACGACCCUAACGCCGACACAGAAUGGAAUGACAUACUACGUAAACAUGGUAUCAUCCCCGAAAAGCCACCUUCCCCCACACCUAUGAUCGAAGAAGCUAUUCUCGAGGGCCGUCGUCUAGCACACGAGAACAGGCUAGAAGGAAAAGAACUUGACGAACUUGACGCUCUUGAAGACGACGAAGAUGAAGCCUUACUGGAACGAUAUCGACAGAAGCGGAUGCAAGAACUGAACAACUUGAGCAAGAAAUCCGUACAUGGCACAGUCUACCCGAUAUCGAAGCCGGAAUAUUCGCGGGAAGUCACGGAGGCUUCUCGGAAUGGCCCUGUCUUCGUUAAUCUCACCUCCUCCGUUGGGACAAAUGUCGAGUCGAGAGUUCUAUCGGAGCUUUGGCGGCAAGCGGCGAAAGAAUACGGCGACAUAAAAUUCUGCGAAAUCAGAGCAGACAAGGCGAUCGAGAAUUACCCGGACCGCAACUGCCCUACUAUUCUCGUGUAUAAGAACAGCGAUAUUGUUAAGCAAAUAGUAACCCUUGCCACCGUGGGUGGUGUACGAAUGGGCAUGAUGGAGAUUGACAACUUGCUAGUCGAGGCGGGGGCAGUUAGCGACAAGGAUAUGAGAGUGGUCAAGAGGAAGAGAGACGCCGAGGAUGCCAAGGAAUCACACGAAGCUAGAGGAAUUAAGAGCGGGAAUUUAGGACGUGUAAACGUUCGGGAUGACGACGACGACGACGACUGGGAUUGAGACUUAUAUGCGACGCAACCGUCGCCCGCCUCGACGACCACGUUAUCAGGACCCAGCCGCAUCCGACUACGCAGACGUGUGAUAGCUUAAGACCUUAGCUACGGCAUCGAGUUGCAGACGGGACAAGCUUAGGACUUGCUAAUGGGCUAUGCCAAAUUCGAUUCGAUAACUACCUCUAGCGAAAACCGGAUCGGGUCGAAAUCUGUCUGAUCUCAG